AUGGCGCCUAAGAAAGUUGAGCCUAAGAAAGCGGAACCUAAGAAGCCUGAGGUGAAGAAGGAGGAGGCUCCCCCCAAACCGGCCGAGCCAGCAGAACCUCCCAAACCCACCAAGGUGGACCUGAAGAGCGUAGUCGUGGAGUUCAGCCCGGACCAAAUUGAGGAGUUCCGCGACGCCUUCAUGCUGUUUGACGAGACCCCGGCCGGCGAGAUGAAGAUCCGCUACGCGCAGUGCGGUGACGUCAUGCGCGCUCUGGGACACAACCCCACCAACGAGGAAGUGCUGAGGCUGCUGGGGAAAGCCACGGCGGAGGAGAUGAACACCAAGCUGCUGGACUUCGACUCCUUCCUGCCAAUGCUGCAGCACAUCUCGCGCUCCAAGGAGCAGGGCUCCUUCGAAGACUUCGUGGAGGGACUGCGGGUUUUUGACAAGGAAGGAAACGGUACGGUGAUGGGGGCGGAGCUUCGCCACGUCCUCGCGACACUCGGCGAGAAGAUGACGGAGGAUGAAGUGGACAGGUUGAUGGUGGGACAAGAGGACGCCAACGGCCACAUCAACUACACCGAGUUUGUCAAACACAUCCUGGCUGGGUAACGGCACUUCCUGUCUGCACAGGAAAUACGUCACCGGACUGCUUGCCUCUUCUGAGAUACGGAAGCUUG